AUGCCGUGGCAGCGAAGUUUCAUUUCCUCCAGCCUCGCUGCGUCAGAGUCUCCAGAUCGUUUCGGCAGAGAGUUCCUGUCUGCUCCACUGCAUGCAUUGGCUUUCCGGUGCCCGCCUCCCGCGUCUGUCUCCGAUGAAAAUCUUUCGCCUCGAGGGGCGAAGAGUGAAGACGAGGCGGCAGGGGGAACGCUCUGCCGCGCCGCCUUGGUGUCUCCCCGUGUCACUUCCCUCUUGUCAGAUGCACAACUCGACGCAUGCAGACACGGCCUGGCGAGCCGCACGCGAAGUUCGAGCACCCUGCACCGGGCGAUCUCGACUCCCCCGCGGAACCUGCGUCGCGCUGGAGACUCUCACUUGGUGCGCGCACAGCUACCAAAUCCGCCGGACUGCGCUUGGUUCGGUUUGGGAGAAAAAGAGAAAACGGAGAAGGCGAGACCUCGCUGGUCUGCGCUGGAUGUACUUCUCAGCGAAGAUGUGCUCCGGUACGUUCUGGCCUAUUGCGGCCCGCGCGAGGCGGCUGCUCUAGCUGCUGUCUCACCCGUAUGCAGAGGCGCCAUGACUGUCGCCUCUCUCGAUCCGCUCUGGUACACCUGGUGGCUAGAUCGGCAAUUCCACUUUUGGCCUCACACACAAGUGCCGCCAGAUGUCCUGCCUUGCUCGCAACCCCUCAAAGUGGAGGACGCCGGCUGCGAGUCCCCAGACGGCGGGGCUUCGCGGAAACCGAGUGGAGCGGCCGGUGAGACAGUCACUCCUCGCUGCCGAGAUGCGGAUUUAGCUGCGAGAUCUGCUCGAGAUUCAAAGCCGUCCAACGCCGCGUCUGGCGCUGACUCGGUGCCGCCACGAGGUUCAGGCUGUCCUGGAUCGAGUGCCGAGCUGCGUGCAGAAGGCGAUUUCUUUCGGAGUUCGUUUCUUGAAAAUGGCCUACCUGUGCACCUCCUGGGACGAACGCCGAAAUCGCCAUUCAUAACGGGAAACCUCGAGAUCGAAGGCUGGCCGCCAAGUACGCCGCCGCUGAUACUGGGUCUCGGACCGCACAGCGGCCUGUGGCGGAGGCAGUUCCUCUGGAGUGUCCGGACACUCCACAACUGGGCAACCGGGAGGUGCCAGAGGUUCCAAGUCCCAAGCAGCGACCACUCGCUGCUUUCCGUGGCUCUGCAUCCGUCUUACCAGUCGCCGCUCUGUUCGUGCCGCGCGGUUCAGUCAGUUUUUUCCGCGGAACUGCAGCGGCGGCGUUCGCGGCGCUCGUCGUUUGUUUCGGAGCGCCGGGCGUCGCGAGCGGGGUCGACAGCCAGGGAAGUCUCGGAACUUGCGUGUGGGCCAUGCAAUGGUGAGGUCGGUCCAGUCAGCCCGGAUGUCCCCCGCGAGCGUUCUACAAGCCGUUCGCGUUUACCCCCGUUCGCCAUCACGCAAGGCGAACUGUCGGACCCUCAAGAGGCUCUAAGGCACCAUCCGCCACCAUGUUUUGAUCUCGUGGAAGACUCCGCACGCGACUUGUCGGGGACCCGCAGCCAAGGCCCUGGAUUUUGCGGCGCUGAGGUACAGAGAGAUGACAAUUUCAGAGCCAGUUUCGGUGAGGCACCCGUGUCGACCCGCAGACGAUCUGGCGGCAGCGCGCGUCGCGGCGUUUCCGCGAAAGAAGAGUUUGGAGAAGCCUGGGGAGAAGGACGAAUGGACCUGAACGACGAGCAAGAGUUCCCCGCUUCCGUGGGCUUCACCUUCGAGCCCCGAUUCUUCUCUGUCCACGAAGGUCUCGACGCGGUUCUCGAGCAACGGUCGUGCUUCUUCACCGCCUCGGCGGACAGGGUAGCGGUCUACGAGCACGCCAAGAGCUGCAGCGCCCCGCUCUCAGCCCGUCAGGAGAAGGAGCCAACCAGACUGAAGGAAAGACAGAGUCGGUCUCAGGCUCUGUCUCCGUCGCUAGGGCCCCGCGCUCAACCGGAUGUCCACUCCACGUUGCUGAACUCACCGGCGCUUACGCCGGUAUUGGCCCCGGCCUCGAAAUCCCGUGAACGAACGAUCUCCGACCUCGACUCGUACGAAAUCUACCUCUGGAACCAAACAGGCUGUGCGCCAAACAACGUAAAGAACCGGACCUCUGGGGCGGGGUCUCUCGGAAGCAGAGAAGCGGCGGACUUCGGCAGCGCGCGCGGCUUGAGCAGCUCCUCCGAAGCCUUCUCAGGCCAGGCGAUAGGUCUCAGCGCCUGUGCCGCGGGGAGUCAAGGGGCGAACGUGCGACGCGGAAAGACAAGGAGCAAGAAGCCGAGUGGCAGCGGCCGGAAACCGUGUCCUGGGUUCCCUGAGUCGCCCUCGCUGUCUCCAGUUGAGGCCAUGAACGAACGGGAGCGACCCCGAAGCUGCAGCUCACCCCCUCCCUUCGCUCUAGAGCCGGCCCUAAAUCCUGUGCCGGACAGCGAAGAAGGUCCAGGCGACAGAUCCGAGAGCAGGCGCAAGGCCAGACUCCUCGCCGCCGACGGAGGCUUCGGAGACACGCCUGGAGACCAGGGCCGCGAGAAGGGAAGCGAACGGACUUGGAAGGAGUUUUCCUUGCCCCAGGGUGGCCUCCCGAGCAGAUCUGCCCACGCGGAAGGCAGCCAGAAACACAGAGGAGAUAGGGGCUGCUCGAUGCCCUCGACCCCUGCAUGCAUGCGACCCCUGAGCGCGUGUUCCAGGCCACCUGUCCACGAGCUUUCGCGAUUCGCCAGGGGAAGCGCCACUCUGCUCUCCUGCCGCAUCCACACCGAGACAGGGCGCAUGGCGUGUACGAUCGGAACCGCGGCCGUGAUGGAGACGGCUGGGGAGACUCGCGUGGGCGGCAGGCGCCGAAGAAAGUGCGGAAGCGUAGGAGGCGCGACUGGAGCUGCGAGUGUUUGCGAAGGACGCGUUUACGAUCUACACAGUGGGCAGCUUGUCUGCUCACUCGACAUCGACGGCAAUGGACUGCAUCCACUGCAGUUCCGGUACGCGUUCUCCGACGACGCCGGUCUCCUCUUUGGCUUCGACAGAUGGCACCGAGAGUUCGUCUGCUGGAACCUGGCGAGUCUCUACGAGGGCCAGAUCAGCCUGGAUGCCGCCGCCAUCAUUGCGGCGCAUGCAGACGGCAUUUUGGCGAUGGAUGCUGCUGGAUGUGGCCCAGGGAUCCACUCCGCCACUGGCGACUGUCGGGUGCUGGUGGGCAGCCGCGAUGACACCAUAAGCCUCUACGCUGCAGACCCUUUCGUCCGGCUUCAGACGUUCUCGGGACAUGAAGGCGAGGUAUCGGCUGUCUGCUGGCUGGCGAGGACUCCUUGCAAUGAAGAGGCUGCAUCCGGCUGUUUGUGUUCGCGUCGUCAACAAACGACGGUUUUCGCAUCGGGCGCAUACGAUGCUCUGGUCAAGAUCUGGGAUGUGCGACAAAAACCCAGUGCCGGCGUUCACAGGGAUCGACAGCUGACUUUGCUCGAACACCACAGUAGAAUCAGCAGCAUCGCCGCCGCGGGUCCCGACCAGCGCAUGCUGGUAACAGGCGACACAGAUGGUGUUGUCAAACUGUGGGAUCUGCGGCGUUGUACCAAAUCGGUUUGCACAGUCCAGUACGAUGGACCUGUCACGGAACUGCAUGCAAAUGCAGCUUUAUGUCUGGUGUGCGUGAGCUCUCGCCGAGGGAAGGACGGACUCUACGUGAUGGAUUUCAGUGGCGAUGUGCCCGUUUGA